AUGUCCGACGGGCGCUACACAGUUCCACAAGGCCUUCGCCCACUUCUCGAAGCCUUGGCCCGCGAAACUCUUCGAGCCCAACCCGAAGACGUCGCCAAUUUUGGCUAUAUCUUUUUCGAUCAACUCCAAAAACAUCGCAAAAGUGAGUUAGCCUAAAUUCUUCUAGGAAAUUGAAAAAAACUUGAUCGAAAAUCUAGAAGACUCUAGAAUUUUUGCUAAAAAAAAUUUGGCUAAUAGAAUAUUUUUCCAAAAAUUUUUUUUCCAAAAUUCCUGUCCAUUUUUGACCAUCCAAAAAAAUAAUUUUAUUUUUGCAAAACAGUGAAAAAUUUAUUCGUGGGCGUGAAAAAAAAGCUUAUGCAAAUUUUUCCAAAAAUAAUCUUCAUGAGAGUUUUUCUCUCGAAAAUGUUGCCAUUUUACUUACAAUUUUUAUACGAAAAAUACCGUACCUCUAUAAUUUUUCAUGUUUUCAACCCCACAAUUUGGCCACCAGGAAAUCAAAAACUACAGUAACCCUUGUGUAAAUUAUAGGGUGAAAUCUGGUAAACUAAUUAAAUUGCGGGAAGCUCCGCCCACAAAAUUUUGCGCAUAUAAAUUGGAGCUUGCUUUUGGAGAUGGAGCAUUUUCUGAGUAUUUUAGAGCACUUCCGGGAUUACUGUAGUUCAUGAUUACUGUAUGUUCCAGGAUUACUGUAGUUCUGAAUUUCUCUAGAUCUCAGGAUUACUGUAGCUCAAAAAAUUUUCUGGUAUUAGAGCUUAAUUUUCAGGAUUACUGUAGCUCAUGAUUACUGUAUUAUUAGGAUUACUGUAGUUCUGAAUUUCUCUAGAUCUCAGGAUUACUGUGGCUCAAAAAUUUUUGGAUAUUAGAGCCUAAUUUUCAGGAUUACUGUAGCUCAAAAUGUAUUGUUUUUUUUUUUCGAUUUUUUAUGGGUACUGUAGCUAAAAAUUUAACGAGAUUACUGUAGCUCCAUACUCAUCCAAUUCAUGAUUACUGUAGCUGAACAUUCAUCAAACUUUAGCCCUAAUUUUCAGGGCUACUGUAGUUUUAGAUUACUGUAUGUUUCAAGAGUACUGUAUCUAAACAUUUAUCAGAUUUUCGCGCCACUUUUUCAAAAUUACUGUAGCUCAAAAAUUAUUGAUUUUUACAGACACUCCAAACGUGGACAUAAUCUCCGAUCCAGUUUCAUACGAAAUGUUCCGAAGCGAUGUUCACCGUCAAUUUGACGAGACCAAAUAUGGAAACAAUUCUCGUCCGGCCAGUCCGUUGGAUCAGGCCGCAACCAAGAUUCAGGCCGUCUUCAAGGGACAUUUGGUUCGGGCUCAUCCGGAAAAAUAUGGUGUGAUGCCGAGAACUCAAUCCACUGAGAAAAUGGAUGCUUUUGAUAAUAAGAAGGAUAUUAAGUGAGUUGGGGUAACUUGGAAAAUUGCUGCAAGCUCUUAAGGUAGAGCUGCUUGCCUGAGAGGUUUAUUAGGCGUGGCUGCUUGUCAUAUGAGCUCUCAAGGCUUCUCAUAUAUGCUUGGCAGACAUUCCUCCUUGUCAGUAUGGUUCUCUAGACGCGACUUCUUAUACAUAAUAUACGCUCUCAAGGAGUCGCUUCUUGUCAUAGUAGUUUUGUAGGUACGGCUGCUUUUUGUAUAUGCUUGCAAGGAGUUUUUCUCUUUCCAAAGUGGUUCACAAGGCGCGGCCACUUGUGAUCAAAUAUUUCAAAGAGCGUAGACUUGCCAGAAUUGUUCCCUAGGCGCAGAUGCUUGCUAGAAUCGGUCUCAAGCCACUGCUACUUGCCAUAAGAGUUUUCUAGGCGCUGCUACUUGUCAUUAAAGCUCUCAAGGCGGAACUGCUUGCCAGAAUUGUUCCCUAGCCGCAGAUGCUUGCUAGAAUCGUUCUCAAGCCGCUUGUGCUUGUCAUUAAAGCUCUCAAGGAGUGGCUACUUGACAGAUAGCUUUUCAAGGUGCUGUUGCUUGCCAGAAUUUUUCUCUAGGCGCGGCUGCUUGUAGAAGGAGCUCUCAAAGCACACUUGCUUGCCAGAGUGGUUUUCAAGGCGCGACCACUUGUCAUAGGGGCUCUCAAGGCUCAGCUGCUUGCCAGAGUGAUUUUCAAGGCGCAGUUGCUUGUCAGAUUAAUUCUCUAGGGGCGGCUGCUUAUAAUUUACGUUUUCAAGUCUCUUCUCCUUAUCAGUAUUAUUCCCUAGGCGCUGCUUGUCAUUAGAGCUCUCAAGGCGUAGUCACUAGGCUCGACCUCUAUCCAUCACCCAAAAAUGAUUGCAGACGUCACUCAGUCGGCGGCUACGACAUCGAAACCACCAGCCCCGAAGACCGUGCGGCCGUCAAAAUCCAAUCCGAAAUCCGCGGUUUCUUAACCCGAAAACACGUCAACAAAAUGAAAGAGGAGGACACAAAUGCGGCGACCAAAAUUCAAGCUCACAUUCGCGGCUUCUUGACCCGAAAACAUUUGGACGAACAAGGACUUUUGUCACCAUCUCGAAGCCAUUCUUCAAUCCAUUCCAAUAACUCUGAUGAGCAUUGA